AUGUCACCGCCGAAGCACUUGAGGAAUGAAUCAAGGGCUUCCCGUCCCCGCAGCUCGACCCGCGGGCCUUUAGAUGAAUCAGAUGAUCCUCUUGCACCAAAUUCUCCCAUUGCACCUACUGGGGCCAAGCAAACCGGCGUCGACGCCUUCAAUGGCGCAUCCUUCCACGAAUUAGACCCGCUGGCCCCAGAUAACCUUCCAGAGUCGCAGAAGAAAGAUCUCUCAUACCUUCUCCGGCCAAAUAUAUUCCAUCCGCUUUCCCAAAUCGAUAUUCCUUCCCCCCUGCGCUCCGAGUUUCCCAUCUUAGACCCCGGCGAACCGCUCUCGUCUUCCCUCGGCGUACUCGAGAAACUACUUUCAGAAGGCCGGUUUUUAGUAGCCGCACAUUUCGCGGGUUCCAUUCUGACCUCCUCAUUGAUAUCCUCAACUGAUAUAAGCAUCAUAUUCUCAUUAUUUUACACCCGUUUAGCUUGUCUUGAGCUAUCUGGGAAUACGGUGCUUGCGGCACAGGAGUCCAAAGCAUUGGAGGAUCUCAAUUCGGCCUUUUACUAUGUUGCGCCUGAGUCUGAUGCAGCCAAUACGAAAAGCCCUGAAAGCAACACCCCGCAAGUACGCCAUAUUGUUCCUUGGCCAUUGCGAGUACUGGCUGUCAGACUUCAGAGCAUUGGGUUUGGCGACUCUCGAAGGAGUAUCGGCGGUCUUUACGAGAUCGGGCUAGAAGCGCGAGGAGAGAUCAUGAAGAAAGACACAGAUGAUGCAACAAGGAAAAUAUGGAGAGACAGACUCGAGGAUUUGGGGGUGAGAAGUGUCAAUGCACUGGUCGAGAUGGGCGACCUGGAUGCUGCAAAGCGGUCACUCGAGAGUUUAAGGACGUCCGGUCCUGAAUCAGAGUCAAAUAAGCUAAGAAGAGCGCUUCUCCUAUUGCGCAUAGGUGAUACAGAUGCUGCCGCGCGAGUCUUUGAUGAUUCUCAAGACUCGAAAGAGGCUGCCUUGAUGCAGCCUCUUCUAAGCAUGUCAGACGGCCGCUAUAGCGACGCUGUAUCUCAAUGGCGGGCUCUCCAGGAAGACAGUUCGAGAAACGAUGGGGCACUUGUCGCCCAGAAUCUAGCAGUUUGUCUUCUCUAUUCUGGGGAGCUAGAUGAGGCACGUCAGCUUCUGGAGUCGCAGAUCUCCUCCAAUCAUUCUUUUACUAGUCUCAUUUUCAAUCUUUCGACGAUCUACGAGCUCUGUUCCGAUGUUGCUGGUCAAUUGAAGGGACGGCUGGCGGCUAGUAUUGCCGCCCAACCUGUUUCAGGGCAGACGAACUUAGACCGACCAAACACAGACUUCAAACUAUGA